CUAACCGAUUGGCAGCAUCACUACGACCAGCUGUUUAUAUUCUAUGGCGGUUUUUAUAAAAAGCAGUUGUCAUUGCAAUAUUUAAUGUAAAUCAAGUUUAUCGUGAUUUAAAAAAUAUAAUUUUCAAACUAAUAAUUUGUAUAAAAUGGCUACAAUAACUCGGCCACCUAUGAAUAGAAUUCCCGCCGUUGCACCCACUAUUAAACAAGAUAAUGCUGUUAGAGAUCUAACGAAACUUUCUCGUUUGGAAUUGUUAGAUCUCAAGGAGCGACAAAGCAAGUUACUGGCAAACAAAGCCAACUUAAAACGGCUGCCAGAUAAAGGAAAACGCAUAGAAGAUUUCUACAACAAAGUAAUAGGAGAGCUUGAUCGCCGAAAUAAUAUUGAUGAAGCGGCAAACAUGUUCUCAGAAUUAAACAUUGUUUCUAAGGGCGAAGAUGUACUCAAUCGUCUGGAGUGGAACGGCCACUUAAAUGGUGAACAAAAUGGUGAUCCAACAGACGAUAUACUUGAUAGCGAUGACGAAGCAGAGUUAGAUCCAUUACGCGUGAUUGCCCAAUGCACAAUGCACGAACGACGAACAAAAAUUUUACCACCCGAGCCUAAGUUAAUAACAGAAGAUGAUUUAGCAGAGAUCGAAUCUUUUAAAGCAGAGUCUGAGAAUUUAAUAUCAACAUGUUCAAAAGCGAAUUUAACUGAAACAGGUUCAACACUGACAGAAGAAAGCGAAACGGAUAAAGUCGUGGAUGUCCAGGUUGUUGCAAUAGAUGUCGCCGAAAAGUUAACAAAUAUAAAAUCAAAGAUACAGCACUCCACUGAAAAACCUACAUCAUCUAAAGUAAGCUUAAUUAGUGAAGAUAGUCGCAGUAGCACGCCGGCACUAGCGGAGGUAGAGGAACAUGUACGUUACCUUGUGGCGAAAACUGAGUUGCAAGUAGCGCCACAACGGGAAAAGUUCAAACCUUACAAAACCACUGUAUCAGAUGUGCACGAUCCGGCAAAGGAGCGCCUACGAAAAAAAGGCAAACAUUGGGAAGUUACUGCUGCAACACCACCUCUUAUACAACACAGUGGCGCAAAGAUGUUGACAUUACUCGAUUCGGUGGAGUUACAAACCGAUUAUUUGGCAAAAUUAAAAUCUUUGCAAGAAAAACAAGCCGAGGAGCGUUUGGCUGCACGUAUAGCUCGUCUCGAACAACGUAACCUGAAAAUGCCUACAGAGGAAGAGUUGAAAUCUAAAACUGCCUUCACAACAUAUCGCACACCUUCGGUACAUAUCGAAGGUGAACAAAAGUUCAACGAAGACGAUGAGGUACAUGAUCCACUAGAUGAGGAAAAGUCUAGUGGCGGUGUUACAUAUACGAUCUACAAUUAGUUGCCUCACUAUAAAUAACAACAGCAUCCAUAUUAUUUGAACGUUAAUUUAUUAAUUGUUUGUUUGUAAACGAACUUUCUAUGUUCGAUAUUCAACAACACAACUAUGUAUGUAUGGUAUGUAGACACUCAGUAGUUAAACAAUGUAACAUUUAAGAUUUCGCUUAAGUUAUUGUUAUGACUUUAAGGUGCAGCUUUUAAGCAAACACAAUUAAUUUUUUCUACUUAAAUAUGUAUGUAAUGUUGAAAGCUGUGCUCUGGUCUCAAUAAACCACACAAUACUAUAGAAUUUCUUAUAUUACA